ACAAAAAUUAUGCAAAAUGUCUGGUAUAGUGAAACUAAAUGACGUUGUAUUCUGUAACUCUGAGCAUCCUCGACACAAAGUUCAAAAUUUAAGGACUGGGGCAGGAAAAUGGACUGGGUCACUGAAACAUGAGGGUGAACUUGUUUGUGAAUUCUCCCUGGUUUCUCCAACCAUGAUUACGAGGCUUGAUAUAGGAAAUUUCUGGAGUGCCAGCGUUGAAGUUUCUGUUGGUCUAAGUUCCUGGCCACCCACACAGAGAGAAAUUGUGUUGAAUCAUAACUUCAUGAACCGUUUGACCAGUAUAUCAGGAGAGAACUGUAAGCAGCUUCUCAGUUUUAAAGAAGAGCAGUUUCAGUCAGCAGCAGAACAGUACUGGGAUAGGAUUAGGAUUACUUGUAAACAGCCCUACAGAUACCAGAACGAUGUGUUCGGUCUAUCUAUGUUUGCUCUGAUUGGAGCUGCGAAAUCUACUCCAACAAAAUCCAAGGUUAGCAGUUCAGAGAAUAAAGUCGAGGGUGAGCAGUUGAAUUUAUUCAAGGAGAAAGUUUAUAAGAUGAUGGAUUCAGCAGCUGUGGUCUCCACAAACUCAACUUUAAACCGUAGCUUAGGUUUAGGUUCUGGUUUAACUCCUAGAUCUAGGACCAGUACACCUGGCAGUGCUCUGGGUACUCCUAGAUCUCCUAACCUUCUUGGAUCGAUAUCUAAACCAACUCUGACCGCCAGAUCGUUUAGUUCAUCAUCCUUUGACAGAUUUGGACAGAUUAGCAUUUCCAUGGACAAAUCGUCUUCAUCAUUUACCAGAGAAUCCAGCGGAAAAGAGAAUAAAGAAGAACCCUUUGUUGAUAAAGCUAAGCAGUUCCUGAAAUCCUGUAGGUUUCAAGAUAAAGGGCUGGAGGAAGUUGAACAAAUAACAUUUAAUCAGAUCAAACAAAUAUGGAUUCAGAAAAUGAAAUCUGAGUUAACCAAGGAAGAACGAACUGUUCUGAAAACUGUAUCCAGGAAAUACUUAGAGAAUUUGGUGACAAAGCUUGAAACUCGGAAAACUCAACAGUUCUCUCUGAAACGGAAAUCUAUCGCAGAUUUGACAAUGUCUGGACCUCAGAAAAAGAGAAAAGCUUCAAGUUCGGACAGGGAAGAUAUUGAUGAAACAGAAAAGAAGACUAAUGAUACUAAACGAAACAAUAGGAAUGCCCUGGCCACGCUGGAUGUUGAAUUGGGUAGUUCAGACGAUGAUACUGCAAAAGAGAAGAGUAAAGAUCUCCUAAAAUCCAGGAAAAAACGAACAAGAACAGUUACCCCCAAACCAGAAAAGUUGUCUGGGUGGUUGGAAAAACCUUCCUCGGCUAAGAAGAAUGGUGAGACUGCCCUAACAACUAAAGGAAUGGAAAAGACUAAAGAAGAAAAUAAUAAACAGCGGUACAAGAAAAAACUACUGCUGAGUGUUCCGAAGGAGAGUUUAGUUGAGAACGGUAUUCUCGUCCAGGAAUAUAAUUAUAAGAAGAACAAGGAACUCCCUUUGAAGGGUGGAAUGCAACUAGUUGUUGAGAAGAUGGUUCCGGUUGUAUUUUACAAAGUUGGAACAGACAUUCAUUUAGUUUACAAGAAUGAGUUCUAUCCACCAGAUGUUAAAGAUGAACAUAAAGAAAAACUAUUCAGAGAUUAUACUUCACAGCAGGUUCAUCGAGAUCAAUUAUCUCUUCAGGCUUAUCUUCUACUUAACACAGAACAGGCUGCUGUGUCUGAGUUUGACUUGUUAAAGGAUGAUAUUGAAGAAAUGAUUGAUGUAGAUAAUCUAACUGAACACCCAGCAAGUUCAAAACAAAAUUCCAGUAAGAUUGAGUUCAACCCAGAUUUUGGAGAAUGUCCCUUAUGCAGUCAGUUAUUCCCGUUUACUGAACUACAGGAUCAUGCAUCCGAGUGUGAUGGUAUAUUAUCAGCCCCUCCUUCUCCCUCCACACCUUCCUCUGCAACACCCCUAGGGACCUGCCCCCUGUGCGGGGAUAGUAUGGAACCCCACCUUCUUCCCACCCACGCCUCUUCAUGUGGCAGUGAGCCUACUCCAAGAGCUUUCAGUAAAGCAGGAACACUUCGUCCAGCUUUUAGAGAAUGUCCAGUGUGUGAUAGAUUGCUACCAACUGCUGAGUUAGCUGAGCAUGCUUCAGGAUGCCAGGGGUUGGCUUUGAAUGGAGGAAAUGGACUUCAUGUUAAUGUUAUGGACAGUCAGAGUAAGUGUGAUUUCUGCGAACAGCUGAUUCCUGAUUUCGUCAUGGAGGAACAUAUAGAGGAGUGUCAAGCCAGGGGUGUGCGGAGCCGAGUUACUCCUUCAAGUAAACGGAGAAGAUAUUGAAGUUUAUAUAUUCUGCAAAUUCAUGUAUUCUGAACAUAUUAUAGUUGAAUAAACUAUUAUGACAAACUAUUA